UACACACUAGCUUUUAUUGGAUACUUUGUUUCCACCACAGGACACUAUGCUCAUGGGGUGUUUUGCCUGAAGUAAAAGAUAAGGUAGAAAAAAGGGUUAAGUAAAAUGUGGGACUGAGGUCAGUGGGUACAAGCAGGUAAGCAGUGAAGGUCAGGUCUGGGGUUCUAGCUAGUGACAUUAACUCCCUCUUGCAUCUUAGGUACCAUUGUGACCUCUGCCUAUGGCCACUCAGUAACUAUGGUAUUUAUUGCAGGGGUUGCUGACAUUCAGGGAUGUGGCCAUAGAAUUCUCUCAGGAGGAGUGGGGCUGCCUGAGCCACAGUCAGAAGGAACUGUACAGGGAUGUGAUGUUAGAGAACUAUGGACACCUUCUCUUCUUGGGUCUUGUUUUGUCAAAGCCAGACCUGGUCAUCUUUUUGGAACAAAAGGAGCUCUGGGAUGUGAAGAGAAAUCACACAGUAGCCUCACACCCAGCUGUAUCUUCACACGAUACCCAGAGCCUCUUUCCAAAGAUGUGCAUAGGAACUAUUUUCGAAAGAGUAUCAGUGGAUAAAUAUAAACAUAGUGCCCUUGAGAAUGGACACUUAGUGAUAGAGUGGAACAGUGUUGGGGAGAGACAAGGGCAUCAAAGAUCUCAUGAAACACAUAUGCAAAUAGAGACAACUGCCCAUUAUAAGAAUCUCACUGCCCAAAACAGUGAAGGAUAUAAAACAUUUUGGAACCCCCCCCUCUCUAACACUGUUACUUCUGCAAGGCAGUGUGUUUCUAUAAUCAAAGGCUCAAAUCAAGCGGUCCAACAGACAUAUUUGCAGGACAAAAAUUUGGAGAAUCUGGAAAGUGACCUAGCCCAUGCUGAAAAUACUUCUUUGCACCAUUUUGACAAUAGGAGUGUAUUACCCUUUCAGUCAAAUAUUUCUGAAAGUCAGAGAUUGAAAAAGGAAGACAAAAAUGGUAAGUGGUAUCCAUUUGAGGGGUCCUUCCCUGAGCAGUCGACCUUACAACAAAACCACAGCAUUUUCAAUGAGAACAGAAUUGCUCAUUGCAGUGAAUCUGAGAAAAUACUGAACCAGGAUUCAAAUGUUAAUGAAUAUCUACGGACUCCUUUGCCAGGGAACCAUUGUGACUGUACUAAAUGUAGGGAAGUCUUUUAUCAAAGCUCAAACCUUAUUAGACAGAAGAGAAUACAUUUGGGAGAGAAUCCUUCUGAAUAUACUGAGUGUGGGAAAAUUCUUAACCAGUCCUCCAAUGGUGGUGAUCAUCCGAGGAGUCCUGUGGGAAAAAGCCCGUACACAUGCAAUGAACCUGGGAACAUGUUUAGUCAGCCAUCAAGACUUAAUAUCAAUAAGACAAUCCAUAUUGGGAAGAAAGUUUACAUUUGUAAGGAAUGUGGCAAAGCCUUCAACUGGCACUCAACACUAAUUCUACAUCAGCAAAAGCAUACUGGACAGAGACCUUACAAAUGUGAAGAAUGUGGUAAAACUUAUAAGUACAGCUCAUCACUAAAUAAACAUAGGAUAAUCCAUACUGGAGAGAAAAUUUACAAAUGUCAAGAAUGUGGCAAGGCCUUUAACUGGCAGUCAGGCCUUAUUGGACAUCGGAAACUUCAUGCUGAGGAGAAACCUUACCAAUGUAAAGAAUGUGGCAAGGCCUUUAAAAGGUACUCAAGCCUUACUGUACAUCACAGAAUUCACACUGGAGAGAAACCUUACCAAUGUAAAGAAUGUGGCAAGGUCUUUACCCACCAGACAAGCAUUAUCAGACAUCACAGAAUCCAUACUGGAGAGAAACCUUACCAUUGUAAAGAAUGUGGCAAGGCCUUUACCCAGAAAUCAACCCUUUUUGUACAUCAGAGAAUUCAUACAGGAGAGAAACCUUACCAAUGUGAAAAAUGUGGCAAGGCCUUUAUCCAGAAAUCAACCCUUUUGGCACACCACAGAAUUCACACUGAAGAGAAACAUUACCCAUGUAAAGAAUGUGGCAAGGCCUUUAUUUGAGGUUAAGCUUCAUUAUACAUCAAAGAAUUCAUACUGGAAAAGAAACUUAAAAUGUAUAGAAUGUGGUAAAAUUUUUAGGACUGCUCAACCCUUACUCAGCAUCACAGAGUUUAGACUCGGGAGAAACAUACAAAGGGAAAGAAUGUGUCAAGCGUGUAGCUGGAACUCACAACUUGAUCAAUAUCAUUAUUUUCUUACAGAAUAGAAACCAUAAAAUAUAGAGAAAGUU